AUGUCUGCACCCAUCCGACAGUACAAGGCAGCUGCCGUCCAGGCGGAACCUGGCUGGUUCAACCUCGAAAAAUCGGUCCAGAAGACCAUCGAUCUCAUCCGUGAGGCCGGCGAAAAGGGCUGCAAGCUGAUUGCCUUUCCCGAGCUAUGGAUUCCCGGAUACCCCUACUUCCAGUGGCGCGUCAACUACCAGGAUUCCCUGCCCCUUCUCAAGGACUACCACAAGAACAGCCUGAAGCCCGACUCGGUCGAGAUGCAGCGCAUCCGCAGCGCCGCCAAGGCUGCCGCCAUCUACGUCUCGCUGGGCUACUCAGAGCUGGACGGACACACGCUGUACACGGCGCAAAUCAUCAUCGACCCUACCGGCGCCGUCAUCAACCACCGCGGCAAGAUCAAGCCCACGCACGUCGAGAAGCUCGUCUUUGGCGAGGGCACCGGCGACUCGCUCAACACCGUGGUGGAGACGGAGAUUGGCAGGCUCGGCCACCUCAACUGCUGGGAGAAUAUGAACCCGUUCCUCAAGGCGCUCUCGUGCGCGCAGCACGAGGAGAUCCACGUCGCCGCCUGGCCCGUGUACCCGCCCGCCUCGUCGCUCAAGUACCCCGACCCGUACACCAACAUCUCCGAGGUGCAGUCGGAGCUCGUCACGCCCGCCUACGCCUACGAGACGGGCACCUGGACGCUGGCGCCCACGCAGGUCGUCACGCGCGAGGGCGCCCGCCUCAACCUGCCCAAGCGGCUGCAGGACGACGAGGCCGUCGUCGACGCCGAGCACGCCGUCAUCGGCAACGGCUUCACCCGCAUCUACCGCCCCGACGGCUUCCGCGCCGUCGACGACCCGCCCAAGACCUUCGAGGGCCUGGUCAUUGUGGACGUCGACCUGGACGAGAACUUGCUGACGAAGCGCCUGGCUGAUUUUGGAGGCCAUUAUAUGCGCCCGGAUCUCAUCCGGCUCAUGGUGGACAAGUCGCCCAAGACCCUCAUUGUCGACGCGAACGCGGCUGAUCCCAGAGCGGUCCCCAGCUCGUUGGAGAGACUCGGCCUUGCGAAGCCGCUCCCUGUGACGGAGGAGUAA